CUCAUUGGAAUCUCUUGAAAUGUAGAACAGUCGGAGCUAUAAAAGUGCCGGCGGCGGCAGUGGACGAAGAGAACGAGAACCGAGAAGGACGACGACGGCUGGCGCACGCCUCUCUCGAUUUACCCGCUGAGAGUCGCAACGCUCCGAAUCGAGACCAUGGCUGCCGCACUCCUGGUACAGAUUUAAAUCCUGAGAUCCAAAUUUGAGUCCUCCCUUAAUUUCCGGAUCUGGCGACGGAGGAAUGGGGAUCGCCUCGCAGGACGCGUUGGAGCAGCUCUCCGCCCUCAUCGAUCAACUGGAUGCGAAGCUCAAGCAUACAUUUCAGAAUAUGCACCAAGGGAACCAAAAACAUACUUUGGCGCGCUUUCUCAAGGCUAGAGAGUGGAAUGCGCUUAAAGCAAAUAAGAUGCUAGUGGACUGUUUAAACUGGAGGAUGCAAAACCAAAUUGAUGAUAUAUUGUGUAAACCUAUAACCCCGGCAAACCUAUACAGAGGGAUACGUGACUCACAACUUAUGGGCUUGUCAGGAUAUUCAAAGCAGGGUGUUCCUGUCUUUGCAAUAGGUGCCGGUCUCACUACAUUUGACAAAGCGUCUGUUAACUAUUACAUACAAUCACACAUUCAGAUGAAUGAAUACCGAGAUCGUGUAGUAUUGCCUGCUGCAAGUAGGAAGCAUGGGCGAUACAUUGGCACUUGUUUCAAAGUUUUGGAUAUGACUGGUUUGAAGUUUUCAUCCUUGAGCAAUCUAAAGUUAGUAUCUCUCAUGGCUACUAUCGAUGACUUGAAUUAUCCAGAGAAGACGGAGACUUAUUAUAUUGUCAAUGCUCCGUAUAUAUUUUCAGCUUGUUGGAAGGUUGUGAAACCACUUCUGCAAGAAAGAACCCGAAGGAAAGUCCAAGUAUUGGAUGGUUGUGGCAAAGACGAGCUAUUGAAGAUAAUGGACUAUGCUUCCCUUCCCCAUUUCUGUAAAAGGAAUGGCUCCAGAUCAUCUCGCUAUUCUUCUUUGGAUUCAGAUGACUGCUACUCCUUCGAUCAUCCCUUCCACCAAGAAUUCUACAGUUACAUUGUGCAACAAGCGAAGUCCAAGAACAACGAAUCGCUCAUCAAGCAUGGUUCACUUCAUGUAGACGUGCCUGAACCAGACCCGGAGGGAAUAGAGAUCAUAAACACAAUAGAGUCCGAGCUCCACAAGAUCGGGAACCAGAAUGGAGUAACCCGGUCAUUGAGCGGGCUGAAGAUCGUUUGAGGGUGCUUUGCUUGUGGUUUUUUGCAACCACAUUUGUUAUAACAGUUUGGCAUACACUUGUGAACUAAUUGUGAACUACUAAAGUUAGAUCGUUCGGCUAUGAAGGGAUGCCUUCGAAGCCUUGUGAACGAGUAAAGCUAGAUCAUAAGACUGACAAAGAGCUUUCACAAAGUGGGUCCAUGAUUCUGUUCGAAAAUCGUGAAGAAGGUUGAUUGGGGAUGUGACUUCUGGAUUGACUGCU